AACUCCACACUUUCAACACACUCACUGUCCACACACCAAACCAUGGCUUCCAUUGCUCUCAAAACUUUCACCGGCCUCCGUCAAUCCUCGCCGGGAAACAAUUCCAUUACUCUCUCUAAAUCCCUCCCCUUAACCCAAACCCACCGUAGGCUCCGUAUCAAUGCUUCCAAGUCCAGCCCAAGAGUCAACGGCCGGAACCUUCGUGUUGCGGUGGUUGGCGGUGGUCCUGCUGGUGGCGCCGCCGCUGAGACACUCGCCAAGGGCGGAAUUGAGACCUUCUUAAUCGAACGCAAAAUGGACAACUGCAAGCCAUGCGGUGGGGCCAUCCCUCUCUGCAUGGUGGGAGAAUUUGACCUCCCUUUGGAUAUCAUUGACCGGAAAGUUACAAAGAUGAAGAUGAUUUCUCCCUCCAACGUUGCUGUCGAUAUUGGACAGACUUUAAAGCCUCACGAAUACAUCGGUAUGGUGCGCCGCGAAGUACUCGAUGCAUACCUCCGUGACCGUGCUGCUGAAGCCGGAGCCUCUGUUCUUAACGGCUUGUUCCUUAAAAUGGACAUGCCCAAAGCCCCCAACGCACCUUACGUCCUUCACUACACAGCUUACGACUCCAAAACUAACGGCGCAGGAGAGAAGCGCACCCUGGAAGUUGACGCCGUUAUCGGCGCUGACGGAGCAAAUUCCCGUGUCGCAAAAUCCAUCAACGCCGGUGAGUACGAGUACGCUAUUGCUUUCCAAGAAAGGAUUAGAAUUUCAGAUGAUAAGAUGAAGUAUUACGAGAAUUUAGCUGAAAUGUACGUGGGUGAUGACGUGUCCCCUGAUUUUUACGGGUGGGUUUUCCCCAAAUGUGACCACGUCGCCGUUGGUACUGGCACAGUCACCCACAAAGCUGACAUCAAGAAAUUCCAGCUAGCUACAAGACUGAGAGCCGAUUCCAAAAUCACCGGCGGAAAAAUUAUCCGGGUCGAGGCCCACCCGAUUCCAGAACACCCAAGACCCAGAAGAUUGCAAGACAGAGUUGCAUUAGUUGGUGAUGCAGCAGGGUACGUGACAAAAUGUUCAGGCGAAGGGAUUUACUUCGCGGCAAAGAGCGGACGUAUGUGUGCUGAAGCAAUUGUUGAGGGGUCAGAAAUGGGAAAAAGAAUGGUGGACGAGAGUGAUUUGAGGAAGUAUUUGGAGAAAUGGGACAAGACUUAUUGGCCAACGUACAAGGUGCUUGAUAUAUUGCAGAAGGUAUUUUACAGGUCAAAUCCGGCGAGGGAGGCAUUUGUUGAAAUGUGCGCAGAUGAGUAUGUGCAGAAGAUGACAUUUGACAGCUAUUUGUACAAGAAAGUGGCACCAGGGAACCCCAUUGAAGACUUGAAGCUUGCUGUGAAUACCGUUGGAAGUUUGGUGAGAGCUAAUGCAUUAAGAAGGGAAAUGGACAAACUCAGUGUAUAAGAGGAUUAAUAGCAUUAAUAUUUUAUUGUAAUUGAAGAAUUUAUUUCUCAAAUUACUCUGUAAACACCUUUCAUCCUGCCUUUAAUCGGAUUUAUGUAACUUCAUCAUUCGAGCUACAUGUCAGACAGGCUUGAGUUGAUCAUUAUCGAAGUUGGUUUAAUUUUUGAA